UUCCGGAAUAAACAAGGACAUGUGUUGAAUAACUAUCAUUGAGGAUAUUCUGUCCUUAGCUUCACACACCGUAAUGCCUGUCGCUGUUUUUGAGCAAUAGGACACCAGUCAUCAGUUUUAAACGUACACUGUUUGAAACUAGAGUUACUACGUAAUGGCGGCCUCGGCUCACGUCUCCACGGUCCGCUCGUUGUACAAGAGGAUUCUGGUCCUGCACCGGUUCCUCCCUAUAGAUCUAAGAGCCCUCGGUGACCAGUAUGUGAAGGACGAGUUCAGAAGACACAAGAGUGCAUCAUCCGAGGAGGUGAAGAGCUUCAUGACGGAGUGGCAGCUAUACAAGGACACCCUGCAGACUCAGGUACUGGAUUCGGCGGGGGAGCAGCUCAGCUCAGCCAAGUUUGGAGCUGAACUGUCAGAGGGGAAACUCAGUGACUUCCAGGAAGAGCAGAUCGGCCAACUGUACGAACUCAUGUUGGAGUCCACCAAACCCAACAGACAGUUUGACAUCCAGGAGGAUGGCAAGUGAGGCCGCGGGCCUCCCACAUCAAAUAACACAAGGUGCUGUUAUUCAGGCCGCUGAUAUUUACCUCUGAGUGCUCCAGAUGAAGAGUGCUACUCAAAGCCAGUAGAGGCUUUUAAGAACAUUUGACUGUAUUAAAGUGCUGUGUAAUAUCUCUGUGUUCCUGUGCUUGUCUCUCUUACUGUUUUAAUAAGAGUUAGCUCGUCAUGCUCCUCCGCAGGUGCAUUAAGAUGGCGCUAAUUACUUCUUUUGUCAACUUUUUCUUCAUAUGAAUACACUUGUGAGCUCAUGGUUGUGAGGGAGAGGCACUGCAUCAGUAAUGCCUCUUGCAGCCUCAGGGGUGAUGUCGCCAUUGUUGGGGUGAAGCCCUAAUGUAGAAAUAUGAACACUUGAAUCCACACAAAAGCCACAAGCUAUGUGUUGAGGGGGAGAGACGGGGGUGUUAGAGCUGUUAUAAAAGUCAACUCAUGGUUGUUGAUGUGCCAUUUCCCUCCCACAGACUUCAAACACCCCAUUCAUUUCUCCACAAUUAAACAGUAAUCAGUCAUGCAACUUACAAAUGUAUCAAUUGUGACCAAGAGUCCUGCAUCUGUUUAAAGUAAAAGGCUGCUUUGAA